AUGGAUGGGAGUAUUUGUGGGCAUGGAGAGUUCAGUGGAUCGUUGGACGGCACGAACCUGCCUGGCGAUGCUUGCUUGGUUCUGACUACGGAUCCAAAGCCCCGGCUGAGGUGGACUGCGGAGCUCCAUGAGAGGUUUGUGGAUGCUGUGACUCAACUUGGUGGCCCUGACAAAGCAACACCGAAGGCCAUUAUGAGAACAAUGGGAGUAAAAGGCCUAACCCUUUAUCACUUGAAAUCUCAUCUUCAGAAAUACCGGUUGGGGAAGCAAUCAUGCAAAGAUUCAGCUGAAAACUCCAAGGAUGGGAUUGCAGCUUCUUGCAUUGCUGAAAGUCAGGACACUGGUUCAUCUUCAGCAACCUCAUCCAGAGUGAUUGCGCAAGAUUUGAAUGAUGGCUACCAGGUUACUGAGGCUUUGCGAGUACAAAUGGAAGUCCAACGGAGACUGCAUGAGCAGCUGGAGGUUCAGCGUCGUCUUCAACUUCGAAUUGAAGCACAGGGCAAGUAUCUUCAGUCAAUACUUGAGAAAGCUUGUAAGGCUCUGAAUGAUCAGGCUGCAUCGGAUGCUGGUCUUGAAGCUGCUAAGGAGGAACUCUCUGAACUAGCUAUUAAGGUUUCUAAUGACUGUGAAGGGAUAACCCCACUUGAUACCAUGAAAAUGCCUUCCUUGUCUGAAAUUGCUGCCGCUUUAGAGAACAGAAACGCCUCCAAUGUACUGGCUCGGCUUGGCAACUGCUCUGUUGAUAGCUGCUUGGCAUCAACUGGAAGCCCUGUUUCUCCAAUGGAUAUGAGUUCACUGGCUGCUGCUAUGAAGAAAAGACAAAGGCCCUUCUUUGGUAAUGGAGACUCGUUGCCCUUGGAGGGUAACAUGAGGCAAGAAGUAGAAUGGAUGAUGAGUAAUAUUGGAUGA